AUGUUCAAUCCGGCUGGCAAAAUAAAUGCAAAAGAUGAACAGAUUAAACAUUUUUACAAUAAACGUUUUGAACUGUACAUUGAUCGCGGUUGCCUUAUGUGGGGCUAUAGAUUAGUCAUACCUCAAGGUUUAAGCGUUAAGGUAUUAUCACAAUUACAUAUAAGUCACAUUGGUAUAGUUAAAAUGAAGUCCAUGGCUUGCAGCUACGUUUGGUGGCCCAAUAUUGACGCAGAUUUAGAAGCAAUCUGUAAACAGUACGAAACCUGCGCGGCCGAGGCGCAGGCGCCGCCGCACGCCUCUCCGCAGUCCUGGCCAUAUCACACUCAGCCUUGGAGUAUGGUUCACGUUGAUUUUCUUGGACCACUGUUUGGGAGAACUUACCUAGUAGUCAUAGACGCGAGUUCAAAGUGGCUUGAAGUUUUUAAGAUGCAUAAAACGAAUGCAACGGCUGUAAUAAAAGUUCUUCGAGCAACGUUCGCACGGUUUGGACUACCAGUGGAGAUCGUAUCGGAUCAAGGUCCCCCGUUCAAAAGCAAUGAGUUUCAGACAUUUUUAAAUAAUAAUGGCAUUCGACAAUCUUUUUCACCCGCCUAUCACCCGUCAUCGAACGGAGCGGCCGAAAACGCGGUCAAACUUUGCAAACGGGCACUUAAGAAAGCAAAUAGGGAAUCGGUCGACAUAGAUGCCGCUAUGCAAACAUUUUACUGA